AUGGACAACAAAGUUAAAGUAGAAUAUACUGCUGUUCCACUUGAAGAUUCUGAAAAGGCUUCAGGCAAAGCACAUUCAAAUAAGGAUGGUUUACCAAUUCAUUUUGUCAACAAUGCUGCUCAUGACUGUCACUUUAAAAGAAGUUAUGAAAGAAGAAAAGCUUGGAGAAGAGCAUUGAUUUUAAUCUUAGUAAAAUUUCAUGACGAAGAUCAAUUUCUUUGGGUCGAAGUUCUAGAACCAAGUACUGAUAAUGUUGUUGGAGAUUGUUAUACAUCACCCAGACUUCAUUCUUUACCUGGAUUUCCAAUCUCACCAAAAUGUGAACCUAAUAUAAAAUGGGAUGGUCCAAGUGAAUUAUUGAUUGAUCCAACAACCACUUCUGGUUUGAUUUUUAGAGUUAAAGGAUUAUUUGCGCGCGGAAGUGUUACUAUUCGUCAAGAUUCUCAAUCAAAAGGUUCUAUUAACAUUACAAAUAGUAUUUAUAUUGGAAGUGAAAGUCUCCAAGAAAAAAUCGACGUCAAGAUUAAUGCUCCAAAUAAUUGGAUCACAGUUAAUUCAUUGGAUAACGUUGAUUUUGCCUAUGUUAACCUGAAAACAUCAAACGGUCACAUACGUAUUAAUAGUUUGACUGCUGCUAACGCUGAUAUUUCAACUGUUAAUGGACACGUCAAUGGAGCUGUUGUUGUAGGAGAAAAUUUAGAGGUUCGUUCUAUUAAUGGUCCUAUUCAUCUUACCGCCACACCCAAUCCUUUGUCUGACUCAGUUUUUGUUGGCUUGUCAUCAUUUAAUGGAAAUUUAAAUAUUAAAGUGGAUGAAUUAAUGAAAACUCAAAAAAUCGAUCUAAAAGGUCAUUCCGUUAAUGGUGGAAUUAUUGCCAGCAAUUUCUUGGCUUCAUCUGCCACAGGAUAUGCCUAUGUGGAAGGAGAAGGAAUUACUUUUGAAAAGGAUACACGUAAUCAUAAAGAAGGUUACAAAGGUAAAAUCAAUAAGAAACACAACUGCAAAUAUAAUAAACUAGGUUACAAUUCUAAUGUGAAUUUGACAGUUGUAACCGGAGCUUCUGAAUUGUAUUUUCCAUAA